GGCGGGAAAUUCACAGCUUACAGGGAGCAAAAAAACCAGUCUCAGCCAGACGAGAUAAGCUUUAGAUGGUGGACUACAAAAGCCGUGUUGAAGCCUCAGUUCCCGGCAAAUCCAGUUACUAUCGCCAUGGCGCAAAACUCAAAGUUACCAGUAUAUCUGCUCCUAGUCGCAAUUUCCGUGGGCUCCAGUCUGUCCUACGAUGUGCCCAAGGCCACUGUCAAGGUCAACUCACCGAAGGGGUUCGAGGUCUCCAUUCCCGAUGAGCCGGGCAUUUCCCUAUUCGCUUUUCACGGCAAGGUCAACGAGGAAAUGGACGAUCUGAGCGAUCAAACCUGGGCCACCGAUGUGGUGAGUUCUCGCAAUGGACGCUGGACAUAUCGCAACCGGAACCAUCAACUUAAACCCGGAGAUGUUCUGUACUACUGGACAACGGUGCGUUACCAUGGAGUCGACUACCACAACUACAACCAGAGGCAUGUGGUCGGUCAGGGGGAUUCCCAGAGAAUAGAUGUCAACGGCUCCAACGGCGGUCGCCAGCCGAUUGUGGCCAACGGCCAUAACACGUUCAAUAUAUUUGUACAAUGAACUAUGCUUGAAUAAAAGUGUUUAUUAUUUUAUUACCCUCGAA